AUGUCAAACACGAAUUCUUCUUCCUCGGACCCUCGUGUCCCGAACAACGACAUGGCUCAGGUCAACUUUGCAAGCCUUGCCAUUAGACCCAAGCAGGCCAAAGCUGACUUUGACAGGACAGCUUCCUCUGACCCUCGUAUCCAUAAUAACGACGCGGCUCGGCUCAACUCUGCAGGCCUGGCCUUUAGACCCAAGCAGACUCAAGCAGACUCUGACAAGGCAGGACCCGGCCAGGGUUUGGGUGAAACAUUGGGUGCCACGACACUGGAAUCCAAAGCACAGGAUGAAGAAACGUUACGUGGCCAGUCGUCUACUAACAUUUCCGCAGGGCAACCUAGCACUGGGCAAAAUGCCCAAGUGGCUGAAGAGUCUCUGGCACGGCGGAACCAAAUGAUGGAUCAGGUUUUGGCCAGAGUCCCAACUCUGGGUAGGACAAAUUUGCUGUACAUUGUCAAGCUUUUCGGAGAGAGGCCCCUUGCAGAUGUAAAGGACGAACUUUUUUACCGUGGAAUACCCCUCGACGAUUCCAUCCUCCUCAGUAUCGGGAGUCUAGCCCUUGAAUUUUACGCUGACAUCGUUGAGGAGAUGCGGGAAGCUCCUGCUGGUCCCUCAUGGAACUUGGUUUUGAGUCAAGAUUACUUAGAUAUUACCUAA